CUGUCUUAGACUGAAGCAGCGCACGACAUGUCACACCUCUUUACUUUACCUCUGCUUAUACUGUCAGUUUGCCUAACUUCGUGCCUAAAGAGGACUAAAACAUGGGUAAACAACACCAUCAUCCAAACCUGGUCUUCGUAUUAAUCGAAUAUAUUUUGCUUGAUUUUAUAUGAUAUAUCGCUUUCAUAACCUCAUGAAAUGAUUUACAUUUUAUUUUGGAUAAGUAAUAAAAAAAAAAACGUUAUUGAAUAAUGACUUCGUUUUGGAACUAAUAGAUUGUUUUAAUGGAGCUCUCGAGGCUAUUUUAAAUGUAAAGUCUAUGUCUGAAAGGAAUUACUCCUCCAAGUGAAGUGUACAGAACUAAACCAUGGAAAAUGUUACUUCAAAUCCAGAUAACCAGACGCUUGGUCCAUGGACUGAUUAUAGCAUGGAAUACAAAGUGGUCAGCAUAUUUUUUGUGAUCCUCAUCUGUGGGAUAGGAAUAGUUGGAAACGUUAUGGUGAUUCUAGUUGUUCUUACAACCAAACACAUGCGGACACCCACCAACUGUUACCUGGUGAGUUUGGCGGUGGCCGACCUGAUGGUUCUGACUGCGGCGGGACUGCCGAAUAUUACAGAGAGUUUGUAUGGAGGAGGCUGGGUGUACGGAUACGUCGGGUGCCUUAGCAUAACUUAUUUCCAGUACUUGGGCAUCAACGCGUCUUCAUGCUCCAUCUCCGCUUUCACCAUUGAGCGGUACAUAGCCAUCUGCCACCCCAUAAAAGCGCAGUUUAUGUGCACUCUGUCAAGAGCAAAGAAAAUCAUAGUGGUCGUUUGGGCUUUUACCUCGCUCUACUGCGCCUUGUGGUUUUAUCUGUCUGACACGAAAGAGUUGAUUUACGACAAUAUUACCUUGGUCUCAUGCGAAUACAAAGUGUCAAGAAAUCUUUACCUGCCAAUCUACUUCACUGACUUUGCCGUGUUCUAUGUGGUGCCUCUCAUGCUAGCCACUGUUCUGUAUGGAUUCAUCGCUAGAAUUCUUUUCCUCAACCCAUUGCCGGCAGACCCCAAGGAAAAUACAAAAAAGUGGAAAAAAGAAUCAUGCCAAGGAAAUAGGAUGAUGAGCACCAACAAUUCAUCCUGUAGCACAACUGCCCGCUCUCGCAGGCAGGUGACUAAGAUGUUAGCUGUGGUGGUGGUACUCUUCGCCCUCCUCUGGAUGCCCUACCGGACGCUGGUGGUGGUAAACUCCUUCCUGGACAAGGCUUACCUGGACCACUGGUUCCUACUCUUCUGCCGCAUCUGCAUCUACCUGAACAGUGCCGUCAACCCGGUCAUCUACAACGCCAUGUCUCAGAAAUUCCGCACCUCCUUCAAGAAGUUGUGUCACUGCGGUCCGCAGCGAUUGGAGAAGCCGGCGUCUUACAGCGCGGCCCUGACCUACAGCGUCAUCAAGGACACAACCAAUGGAGAGAGCCCUGACCACUUUACUACCGAGAUGGACGAGUUGGCCACGCCCACACCCAGUGACCAGUUCCUGCCCAGCAUCAAGAGGAUGUCAUUCGAGGACCCCUCACUGUCAUGCAGGGUUGCCCUUAGCACUCCCUGACAGAAAAAGUAAAUCCAUUCAGGCUCUAGUUUGUGAAUUCUAUUCUAUAAUUCAGUUUCUGCAGAGGAAUUGCUCUAAUAUUUCAGCAGUACAAAGGCAAACAUUAAAUACCAAAAAUGUGUUGUUAAUAGAGGAAGGAAUGCUUAAUUUCUUUAUCUAGCAUGGUGAAAAUAUAUUCUCCCCUCUCUGUAGCCAUCUUAGCACAAAGCACCCAAUUAUAGGCAUUGUUUAAAUCAGUCUUAAACAUUGUGUGACACACAGAUUUAAUUUGCCAGGUAAUACUGCUUUCACUGCUUUCACAUACUGAGCGACAGUUUCCAUCUCUGUAGAGUGGAAAAAAGGGAAAGAUAUUAUCCCUCUUUUUUUUAUCUGGGGAAGUCUAGGCCAGGUACUCAGU